UGCCUUCAUGGUGGAUUUAGCUGGUCAGAUUAGACUUAAUGAAGUUAGUGAACCGGACGCUGUUAGUCUCGGUCGUUUUAGUAACUUUGCUUUAUUCGUUUCUGCUGAAGCAUGACUUCAUUGCUCCUGGUGUCAUUUUAAGCAAUGCUUUCUUGAUAAUAAUCCCCUGUGGCGUUUCGUCUCUUGCCUCAUGUGGACAGGAUUCUGUCCUGGUACCGUACCGUGGGUAUGUUGUCUCUCGUCAGUGAAGUUGCCUGAUGCGCUUCGAGCAUCCAUCCUCACCCAACCUGCAGAGAGGAAGCAGAGGCUCCCUGCACGGAGCGACAGCUGGAAAGCCUCGGCGGCGGAUACGUACAGAGACAGAUGUGUGACCUCCUGUGAGGCUUCAGACCAUCUGGCGUGGACGGAGAAGAGAGGAAGCAUGUCCGAAGUUGCUUUUUCAGCUGCAGGGCAUAAGCAUGACAUGGAGGAAUAAUGCAUCUCGUUUGGGAUUUAUCUGUAAUCCUGCAAACAUUUUUAAUCUGCACGUCAUCGGCCCAGCCUCUUACAGCUAAGCUCGAUGCAGGUUGGUGGGCGUAUAAGGACGUUGUCCACGGCAGCUUUGUUCCAGUCCCAUCUUUCUGGGGUCUGGUUCACUCAGCCUGGAACUUGUGUGCCAUAGGGAAGAAGCAGUCGCCCAUCGACAUCGACACCAGUCGCUUGAUCUUUGACCCCUACCUGACCCCACUGAGGCUCAACACAGCAGGACAGAAGAUGGGCUGUACCAUGUACAAUACAGGGAAGCAUGUGUCCCUGCGCCCUGACAAAGCCCACCUGGUGAACAUCUCAGGGGGCCCACUGGGUUAUAGCUAUCGGCUGGAGGAGGUCCGCCUCCAUUUUGGGAGCGAAGAUUCCCAGGGUUCAGAGCACCUCCUCAAUGGACAGGGCUUCACUGGAGAGGUCCAGCUGAUUCAUUAUAACCAGGAUCUAUAUGGCAACUACACGGAGGCAGCUAAGAGCCCCCACGGCAUUGCUGUGGUCUCCAUCUUCAUGAAGCUCUCUGAAAACUCCAACGCCUUCCUCAACCGCAUGCUGCAUAGAGACAGCAUCACCCGGAUCAACUACAAACAUGAUGCGUUUCUAUUAAUGGGCCUGAACAUAGCCGACCUUUACCCUGAUACCACGCGUUACAUCACCUACGAGGGCUCGAUCACCGUCCCGCCCUGCUAUGAGACGUCCACGUGGAUACUCAUCAACAAGCCUGUCUACGUGACACGGAUGCAGAUGCACUCCCUGCGGCUCCUCAGCCAGAACGAGCCCUACAAGAUCUUCCUCAGUAUGAGCGACAACACCCGGCCUCCCCAGCCGCUGCUGCAGCGCUGCAUCCGCACCAACAUCAACUUCAACAAGCCGGGCCGAGACUGUCCCAACAACCGCGUCCUCCGCCCGCAGUACAGAGUAAAUCAGUGGCUCCUCAAAUAGAAGAUUUAAAGGGACGAAGAGAUGGGCUUACUGUUCGCCCAAAUCACCACACUGUACCAAACUAAAGUGAUCUCAGCUCAGCUCAGACUGAUGGGACUGCAAACCACCCCGUGUGCCUCCACCCUGGUGGGCCAGCCGGUGGGCGCGCGGACCUGACGGAGUCCGAGGUCUAAAAAUAAAGUGAUGCCGACUCUGGAGCGUGUUUCCAUGUGGUGUCUUAACUCACAAACGCCAAAGAUGUUAUUGUCAUUCAUCAAUAUUUAAGAAUAACAAUUACUCUCUCUGUCAUCAAUUCCCCCCAAAUGUGUUUGGAUAUCCGACGGGGCAUUUAUUUGAGUUCUUGUGAGAAUUUCACCCCGACAUGCUCCGCCGCCCCUCCCUCCUCCCCCCGACGUUGCUUGGUGAUAAAUUAACCACAUUAGCGCCGCUGAAAACGUUACGUUGCAACUGGCCCGACAUUUCCUAAAAAAUAAAAACCUGUGAUUUCAAA